CUCGCGUCGGAGUCACCACCAUUACAUCAUCUAUUCCCACACAGCCUCGCACCGUGUGAGGGCUGUUUUUGUUGAUAUUUCACCGGGAUCCCGAGCAUUUAGACGGAGCAGCUGCAGCGGACGCCCCUGCUCCUCGUGGUGUGUAUGACGCUGGACUAUGAGGAGCCAUCAUCAUCCUCACCAUCACCACCAUCAUCAGCAGCAGGAGCAGCAGCACUAGAGUGUCUGAUGGGGCUUCGAUGAGCAGGGGGGAGAGGAGGAGAGACGCGCACCGUCAUCAGCAUCUGUCCGCCCGCUCCCUUUGUGCUCACCGGAGAAUGUGAAUGGCGAAAGAUGACAUGGCAGAGGUAGAGCUGGCACCGAGCGGAGCGGAGCCCCCCGGCGAGGCCUCCUCGGCGUUUCCCUACGAGGAGUACGAGUGCAAGAUCUGCUACAAUUACUUCGACCUUGACCGCCGGGCCCCGAAGAUCUUGGAGUGCCUGCACACGUUCUGCGAGGAGUGUCUGAACACGCUGCACCUCCGGGAGGAGCGGCCAUGGCGCAUCAGCUGCCCCGUCUGUCGCCACCGCACCCCGGUGCCGGACUACCGGAUACAGAACCUGCCCAACAACACCAAGGUGACGGAGGAUUUCCCGCUCUACAUCGACUCGGACCCGCUGCCUCAGGACGCCCUGCCGCCGUACCCUCCCCCGCUGCACCCGGCCCUCGUCGCGCUCCGCCGGGAGGAGGCGUCGGGGGCGUCCAGCACCAGCCAGGCGACACCGUCCACCACCGUGUCCACAGCCACGACCCUCUCCCAGGACUCGGUGCGCUACGACAGCUGCCAGAGCUGCAAGCGGGUGGCGCUGACCACCGGCUGCGUGUGCGUGAUCUUCUCCUUUCUGUCCAUGCUGGUGUUGCUCUUCAUGGGCCUGAUCUUCGUGCACAGCCACAGCAUUCCUCCCUCGCCGGCGGGACCCAUUUGCUUGUCGGUGGCCAGCAUCCUGGCGAUGUUCUCGGUGGUCGUCACAUGGCUCAUCUGCUGGCUCAAAUACAGACCGGACCAUGAGACGGGCCGCUCGUCCGCCACCAGCAACUCCCGGAGAAACGCCUGACUGUGAACGCAGGCUGUGGAUGGAGGUUGUUGUGCUGUGUGGUCAUGUACAGAAUAUACUGACAACUGAUGCUCCUGCUCCCUUUACUUUUCUAGGAAUAAAUCUCGUCCAGAAUGGCCUUGAAUCAGUAUAGCAAACACCCAAAGGCCUUCAUGUUGUUUGGAGCAAUAGGCCGACAUGAUCCUUGAUAAUCUCUAAUGCACUUAAAUUUGCAGUGGUCCCAGCUGACUGAUGGACAUCUCCAUGAGUGAACUCAAGACUUAGAUUUGAUGACUGAAUGUGAAGUGCUCAUUUCCAGGGUUUGACACUCUCCCCUCCCCAUCCUGCUAAAUGAUAUGCAUAUCCCCCUAUGCCACUCCCUGUAUGAUAACUGUCCAUGACGAUUUCACUCUUAUAUCUCAACAAAGCACUAUUGUAUUGUACAGAUAUUUGACAAUGUUCACUUCUGAGUUUUCAGGAGAUUGUGUUUUUUUUUUCUUUUUCAGGGAGGCUUGUGUGUUUUUGUGAAAAAGCCUCUGAAACAGUGCAAAGAAUCCAUAAUCCAAACUGUAAAUAGUCCACAGAGAAGUGGUGACCAGCCUUUCCCCAAGACCUUCCUAAUCCUUGUGCUUUAAUUUAACAGAAUGCCACUGUUUCCAUUGUGACGAUGAAAACUGCACCUCCUCCAGCAAAGGGAUAACUUGUGAUUUUGAACUUGUGUUUGGCUUCUUUUGCGCAUGUUAGGCUACUGGAAGGUCAAGGCCUUUUGUUUUCCCUUGUCUUGUUUUAAAUGGAAGGGACAGUGCGUGUCCCGACUCCUGUGCCUCACCACCUCAUUGCUGAAUGAAGCAAAACUUCACUGUAAUCACGAUCAAACUGACGCUCGGGCCUCCCACCACUGACAGCACCCAGCUGAGGCGUCGGCAGGGAUUUCCUCCUCCUGUCACAUUAUUUAGGCCACACAUUGGUUGUGGAAAACAGGGUUUCCAGCGCAAAACGACUUUUUAUACUUAGAAUAAACCGGUUGUUGCUUUUUUUUUUCUUUUUUUUUUUUCACCUGACUUUGAAGAGUCAAAGAGGUAAACAGUCUAAACAGGUAAAUUAAUAAGGUAUAAAUCCACUUUCAGCUACUUCCAAGUUCAAACUCUCUCCUCUGCUUCCGUCAGGGCCACAUGUGAGGAUUUACCGAUAGAUAGUUACGGUUCGGAUGUAAUGAUCAACAUGAUUCUUAGAAACUUUCAGCAGUCAUUAUUUCCUCUGGGAACUUUAAGAGCCACAUGUUCUGUGGCAGAUUAGUGGUACCUUACUGUUUCAAGUAAGUCCUUCAUUAACACGGUGCAAAUAUUGAACUGAACUAACUACAGCUUAUUAUAAUGAGGUUUGUAUGGAUUUUUUUCUCAGGCAGGUUUGUCCAAAAAUACUGAUUUAACUUUUCAGUGGAAUUAGCUUCAGACAAAUCAAUGCAAUCCAUAAAAAAAAAGCUAAAACCCAAGGGCCUAUAGUCAGUUGACUUCUAUAUUACUGUGAAUCGGUGGUAAAAUUGUGUGUGUCCUGCUACAAUCUCUUUAAUGUAUUUAUAUUGGAUUCUUAUUGGGCAAAAAGUGAUACCUUAUUUGUGGUGUGGUGUCAGGACCCCCAUUAUUGACGUGUGUGUCUGAGGAGCAAGUGAAUCACACUCACAGACCUUCUUCACAGCAUUUAAUAAAGAAUUCGGGGAGGAUUCAGACAAAGACCAAAGUGGUUUCAGACGCGCACUCGCCCUUGCACAAUCGCUAUAUUGCACAGGGGGGGGAAAAGAAAGAGUUCAAAAUGAUUCUCAUCCCCGCUCCAAGUCUGAUUCUCAUGCUUGCUCCAAUCAUCCCGCUCAACCUUUCUCCCACUCAACUUCUAAAUGAUGCACUUUCCCCCCUUAUUUGACACGAGUAACGGGGCACACCUUUGACUAAGCAUAUUGUAUUUACUUCAGAGGACCUAGACAAUGUCGUUGGUUUUUAUGAGAAUCCGUGGUUGUUGUUAAACGUACCAAAUGUAUUUGCACAGAGAACUGUUCUUUAUGUGCUGUUUUACAUACAUAAACACAUUUCAGUAAUAAAGAAAACAUGAAUACCCACAGAUGUCAUUAGUUCUAUUGUUACAACAGAGCAUUACAGCUGCAAGAAAAUCCUGUGACCACGGCUGUAUUUUAUCACGCUCGCUCUUACAUAAUGACUGGUAUUACAUUGAAUAUGCUCCAACUGGACACAGUUGGUAUCCUGCUGUGCAUCAAAUAUGCCCCCUACUGGAAGACAGACCAUGCUACAUGCUCUCUGUUCAAAAAAAAGAGGGGAACUCCCACCCCUCAGUGUCAGCCUGGUUGCAUUUCUCAUGCACGUCUACUUAUGUAAACUUCUGGUGGCUAAUGCCUGAUUAAAAGUAAAUAGAUUUUUCAUUAAGGGCUGGAUGUUGAUGAGCUGUUAAUACUACAGACUGAGAUUUGUCAUAUGUGUUUAUAUGGUCUAAUAAAGCCCCCAUUUAGUUUAUAUAA